AUUGACGCUUACUUAAUCUAUCCCAUAGUGCACCGGGAAACAAAAUGGCUUCCAUGAGGUGAAAUUUUUCCGUCUUUUGUUAGAUUUUCUUGGUACUUUUAGUGGUUAUUUGAACGGAAAGACACAAGAAUGGGGAAGAAGAAAGAACGCCAGGCACCCCCGGUUGGCGGGAGGAGGAGACCGAUGUUACAGAUCGAGACCACGAUACGAAAAGACAACGUGAAUGUGGUGCCAAAAGCGAAUGCCCUGAGCGGCCUGAUUGGUCACUAUGGAGACAGUGAUGAGGAGGAGGAAGAGAAAGACACCAGAGAAACUCAGCCGAGAAUACAACCAAUCAGUGCUCCUCCUCCUGUGACAACUCAGUCCAAGGAGCUCCCCCUGGCAGCUGGCAAAAAAGUGAAGGGCAGUGAUGACAUAGAUUCCAAAGUAGCUGACUUCCUAGCUGAAAUUGAUGCCCUAGAUGUGCCUGAAGCUGAUGAUGAUGAAGUUGAAGCUGGAAAAGAUGAAACAAAAGAGAACAAAACAACAUCAACACCAGCUAAUGUUGAGGCUCCAGCAGCUGAACCAGUGGCAGUGACCUCUACUGUAGACCCAGAAUUGGCUAGAGAAGCCCUGGAAUGGCAGGAGUGUUUAGACGAGGGUACUGGCUGUGUUUACUACUGGCACACUCUCACCAACGAAGUCCAGUGGGAGAUCCCAGAGAUUGUGAAAAAGUACUACGAUGCCGUUACCCAGGCUGCACUGGUCGCUGGGCAGGAUGGGGUCGCGACAACAGAAAAUGGUACCAGUGCUGUAUCAGAAGAGGGUGCCACCUCAGAGUCUAACACACCAGCUACUGAAGAAACUCAACCUAAACAGGCAGCUAAGAUUCCAGUAAUUCCAGAUGAAGACUUCCCGCUGGCAAAAGAUGAGGAACCACCGCCCCCAGCACCACCGCUGCCUGUACCAGCUGUCAGCACUGCCUCGGUACCUGUCACAGACUCCAGCAGUCUGGAUCCUGCAGAGGACGGCCUGUCCUUCAUCGGACCUGUCCUCCCCUCCCACCUCCAACAUCUGGCUACCAAACCUGCAGAGGAGGAUGUGGAUGGGGUGGAGCUACAGCAGGAAGAAGACAGCAUGGACACAGCAUCGCCCUUCCAACAAGAACUUGAGGGUGCAGCGACGCCCCCUACUGAAGAUGUUGAUCCUAACACCCUGCCUCUUGGUACAAGGAGACUCCCAGCAUUCAACAACACUUUAACAACAACAGCAGCAACAGCAGCCACCUCUAGACCAGAACCAGCUGAGACAGAAGACAUGGAGGAGGAAGAGGAGAGUGAGGAAGAAUUUGACAUUGACAAGCAGCUGGACCUUGCACUGGAGAGGAAAAAGGACGUUGUGUCCACCUCCCAGGCAGAGUUACCUCAGGAGGAGGAUGACCAGGAGCAGGGUGGGUACUCACCAGCCUUGUUACUGGCAGUGGCAAAACAGAAGUCCAGUAGGCCAACAACCCCCACACCAACCAGGGACGUGUCAACUCAGUAUGAUGAGACAGUUGGAGAAGAGGAUGGAGAAUCACUGCUUGACAUGGCCUCAAGGAAAAAGGCCAAAGAAGAAAAAGAAUUAAAGACUGAGAUAUCAGAGCUGGCCUCCACCAUCGGUGCCAAGCUGGAGUUCCUGAACAUCGCCAGGAAACAGCUCAGUAAAUUCCAAGUGCUGCUUAUAGAAAUGGAGACCAGAAUCCUGGACUGGCGGGAAGGCGCGCUGGAGUCCAAGCACCUCCUCCGCAAGCUCAAGGAAGCCGACUGGCAGUUUCAGAAUUAUGAACUUCACGCGGCCCCACGGGGAUGGACUUGCCACUGGGACAGGGCCAACAGGCGCUAUUACUACAUGAACACGGCCACGGGAGAGUCUCAGUGGGAGUACCCUGAGGAUGGUGUUGGUGGGGCCAGUCAAGAGGCUGUCACCUCGGCAACUGUGGCCACGGCACACGGGAAGAGCAGCCGUGGAGAAGCCGUGUCUGCAAAGGGGACUGUGACGAGUAGUGCAGCUUUGCCAGAAGUAUAUACAGCAUCAAGUGGAGCCUCAGAAUAUGCACAUUUACUUGCAUUAGGUCAGCCACAGGUCACUGGUGUCAGUGCUGUGCCUGCCCAAGUAUCAACCGUCCCCCCAGCCCCGGUACCUGCCCCCCUCCCCACAGAAUCCUUCGCCCCUCUCCCUGGUGCCCCUCCUCUCCCCCCUGAACCACCCCUACCCCCUCUCCCUGAUGAACCCCCACCCCCUGGGGAUGAACCUCCCCUCCCCCCUGGCACUCAGCCUGUACCCCCUCCCCCACCACCUGACAGCCCCCCUCCCCCUCCUCCCCCUGACUCCCCGGAGGAAGGUGAGAUCAGUGAUGUUGAGAUGGAAGACACCAAGCCUGAGGAAGACGCAGGAGAGACCAAAAAGGAGGACCAGCCAAAACCGCCUUCCAAACCUGUCAUCCUCGCCCAGCCCCCCAUCCGCUACCAGAGCACGCAUACCGCAAGCAGCACGGUGAUUGGUGCACCCAGUGCCCAGGCAGUUAUGUACGGACCAAUGAGCACAGCUGUAGCUGGACCUGUCAUGGGGGGAGGCCCCAUGCCCUAUGUAAGCCAGCCUGUGAUUGGUGCUCCGGCAGCACCUGCAGUCAGCAGUGUAGCUGCAGCAGCUCCACCCAUCAAGUCAGGGUCACCUGGGCCAUCUAAAGUGAAGAAGCUGAAAAAGAUCAAGCGCCCGGCGGUGGCAGGUGGUCUGAAGAACAAGAAGAUCCCCCACCUGGUGCAGAAGUGGCAGAAGAUCAAGCAGGAGGUUGAGCAGGAGCAGAAGGAGAUGGAGGAGGACUCUGAGGAGGAGGAUGAGAAGGUCCGCACACAGAAACGCAUCGAGGAGUGGAAGAAACAGCAGCUGGAGAGUGGAGGAGCCGCGUACAAUCCCAACUUCGAGGCUGUCACUGUGGACUGGAGAGAGCGGGUCAAACGGCGGCGGAUGAACGAGGGAGGGAGCGGGAGUAACUCUCCGAUAGGUUUCCUAAAGCCUGACUCAUAACACUGUUCAGCCAACUUCUCUGAACCUUUGUACACUUUUUUGUAAACCCCAGUAUGUUGUGUUAAUACAGUACUCUGUGGCUUUUGGAGGAUCAAAACUCAUUUUUUAUGAGUACUUUUCGACAAUGAAUAUUAUAUAAAAAGUGAUGACUUAAACAGUGUCUUCACUUUGACCUCGAAAUUACGAGAUGUGUCAAUGCUUCUUACGGAGCAAAGUGCUCUAAUCAAUUUGUCAUACAAAUCGGUUAGGCAAAGGCAUCAAAGCAUUUGAAAAUGCUUACUAUUAGUGUUUAAGAAGAGAAAAUUAGUUGCAAUUCUAUACAUAUUAUGUACUGUAAGUAUCUGAAACAUUCUGUGUAGUGAACAUUUGUAUCUUGCAGACAUUUCUCCAGGUUAGGUUGAAAUUUCUCAGCACAAAUGGUGGCACAUGUGCUCUAUACAUAAAGUAGAAUUUGUGAUAUAACUUAUGCCAGUAAGAUUAUUUUAACAGUGUUGGUUUCACAGUUGUAAUUUCAUCUCACAAUUUAAAGUAAAGAUUGAAUCAUAGUCUGAUUAUUACAGAUCAAGCCUUCUCUGUGCAAAAACUGUGCAAAAACUUGUUCCACAACAUUGUAGGAAGAUUUUCUGCAGUUAUGGAGGAUCUU